GGGACGUAUGCUACAGUGUUUAAAGGAAGGAGUAAACUGACAGACAACCUGGUGGCUCUGAAGGAGAUCAGACUGGAGCACGAGGAAGGAGCACCCUGCACCGCCAUCAGAGAGGUGUCCUUACUGAAGGACCUGAAACACGCCAACAUUGUGACCCUGCACGAUAUCAUCCACACAGACAAGUCCCUGACGCUAGUCUUCGAGUACCUGGUGAGAACAACAUCCUCUUUCUUACGCCUCAUAUCAUUGAGGAUAGAUAGGAUGUAAUAGUUUCAGGAACAGUACAGCCUGGUCAAAUCAAUCAAAUCAAAUGGAAUGUGUCACAUGCUUCGUAAACAACAGGUGUAGACUUAACAGUGAAAUGUUUACUUACGGGCCCUUUCCAACAACGCAGAGAGAAAAAUAUCAAAAAGAAUAGAAAGCCAAGGAAUAAAUACACAAUGAGUAAUGAUAACUUGGCUAUAUACACGGGUUACCAGUACAGAGUCGAUGUGCAGCGGUACGAGGUCAUUUGUGUUUCUGUGUUGCUGCUGUAUUCAGUGCCUCAUCUUGUCUUCUCUCCUGCUCUCCUGCAGGACAAGGAUCUGAAGCAGUACAUGGACGACUGUGGGAACAUCCUGAGCAUGCAGAACGUCAAGGUGAGUGUCUACAGUGCACUACAGGCUGCCGGCCAUGGCCUCCCUGUCUCCAUAGAGACGAGGCUCCUCCUGUGACUAGUGCAGUGUCAACUCAAAGAAUUGAAAUGUGUCACCACAAAUGGAAGUUCUCUCAUGGAAAAAUAAAGUUAUUCUAAUCUAAAGGAGAUUUUAGGGAAACUACUACGUCUUUAUUCCUACUCGCGUAGUUUAAGGUAAUAAUAAUUUUGCUGGUGUUUCCACAGUUGAAAGUAUCUGACUUAAGAGAUCUGACAUGUGUUGUUUUGUCUCAGAUAUUCUUGUUCCAGAUCUUGCGAGGGCUGGCGUACUGUCACAAACGGAAGGUUCUACACAGAGAUCUGAAGCCUCAGAACCUGCUCAUCAACGACCGAGGAGAACUCAAACUGGCAGACUUCGGUGAGAGAUAUGCUCUCAUUCUGCCCUGGGUUCUAGGGGUUGAAAACACUGGUUGUUCCUCAAAUUCACAUUUCACACUAUCGUGCCAACCUGAACCGUACUGAGCUGGCUUGGAUAUUUUCUUUUCACAUGGUCUGGUUCCAGCAACUAGGAUGGAGGUGGAACCAGGCCAGCACAGUCCAUGUCAGCUUGGCUCAGUUUGUCGUGAUUCCUAACAUUUUAUUUUAUUUAUUAUUAAUUUUUAAUUGUACCUUUAUUUAACUAGGCAAGUCAGUUAAGAACAAAUUCUUAUUUACAAUGACGGCCUACACCGGCCAAACCCGGACGACGCUGGGCCAAUUUUGCGCCGCCCUAUGGGACUCCCAAUCACGGCCGGUUGUGAUACAGCCUGGAAUCGAACCAGGGGGUCUGUAGUGACGCCUCAAGCACUGAGAUGCAGUGCCUUGGACCGCUGCGCCACUCGGGAGACAUUGAGCCUGUCUAUUCAGUAAAGUCUGACAGAAAUGUCCCUUUGUGUAACACAUUGGUAUUUUGUUCCAGGUCUGGCCCGGGCCAAGUCAGUCCCCACUAAGACGUACUCCAACGAGGUGGUGACGCUCUGGUACCGGCCUCCUGACGUUCUACUGGGCUCCUCAGAGUACUCCACACAGAUAGACAUGUGGUGAGUGGGCUGAGGUGAUCUAGAACCAUGAGAGAACCAACAUAGAACCAUGAGCAUUACUUGAGGGUUAUCAUGAGCCAUAAUUUAUUUAUCUAAUCUGAAUUAUAUAUGCCAAACUGAAAGCAAUCUUGACCCCUAUAUCUAUCACACUUUUGGCAGUCCUUAUGUUCCCCUGAAUAAUGAGAAUAAACAUGCAUCUAAUUUACAGUGAAGGGCAGGGAAGGUUAAGUGGAAGGGAGUGUAUAGACUCCCCUAAUAAAGGACAUGUAUUGACUUGUUUUACAUCUAUUUGACCCCUAACCUGAACCAUCUGACCCCAGGGGUGUGGGGUGUAUAUUCUAUGAGAUGGCUGCCGGGAGGCCUCUGUUCCCUGGUUCUGCUGUGGAGGAUGAACUGCAUCUCAUCUUUAGACUGCUGGGUGAGUGCUGCCAUCUGGUGGCGGGAAUACAAUAUGACAUGGCAUGCUACUGUUAAAUCAAUUUACAUUUACAUUUACAUUUUAGUCAUUUAGCAGACGCUCUUAUCCAGAGCGACUUACAGUUAGUGAAUACAUAUUUGUUUUUAUACUGCCCCCCCGUGGGAAUCGAACCCACAACCCUGGCGUUGCAAACGCCAUGCUCUAUCAACUGAGCUACAUCCCUGCCGGCCAUUCCCUCCCCUACCCUGGACAACGCUGGGCCAAUUGUGCGCCGCCCAUGAGUCUCCCGGUCGCGGCCGGCUGCGACAGAGCCUGGAUUCGAACCAGGAUCUCUAGUGGCACAGUUAGCACUGCGAUGCAGAGCCUUAGACCACUGCGCCACUCACGAGCCCAUGUUUGCUCUCUCUUACCUAUGUAAUUCAAUGUUGUGCACUGUUGUGUGUUAUUAAUCAUUUUAGUUUGCUUGUACAGUACCAGUCAAAAGUUUGGACACACCUACUCAUUCAAGCUUUGCACACUCUUGGCAUUCUCUCAACCAGCUUCACCUGGAAUGCUUUUCCAACAGUCUUGAAGGAGUUCCCACAUAUGCUGAGCACGUGUGGCUGCUUUUCCUUCACUCUGCGGUCCGACUCAUCCCAAACCACCCCAAUUGGGUUGAGGUCAGGGGAUUGUGGAGGCCAGGUCAUCUGAUGCAGCACUCCAUCACUCUCCUUCUUGGUAAAAUAGCCCUUACACAGCCUGGAGGUGUGUUGGGUCAUUGUCCUGUUGAAAAUCAAAUGAUAGUCACACUAAUCGCAAACCAGAUGGGAUGGCGUAUCGCUGCAGAAUGCUGUGGUAGCCAUGCUGGUUAAGUGUGCCUUGAAUUCUAAAUAAAUCACAGACAGUGUCACCAGCAAAGCACCCCUACACCAUAACACCUCCUCCUCCUCCUCCAUGCUUUACGGUGGGAAAUACACAUGCAGAGAUCAUCCGUUCACCCACACCGCGUCUCACAAAGCCACGCCGGUUGGAACCAAAAAUCUCAAAUUUGGACUCCAGACCAAAGGACAAUUUUCCAACGGUCUAAUGUCCAUUGCUCGUGUUUCUUGCCCAAGCAGUUCUCUUCUUAUUAUUGGUGUCCUUUAGUAGUGGUUUCUUUGCAGCAAUUCGACCAUGAAGGCCUGAUUCACACAGUCCCCUCUGAACAGUUGAUGGUGAGAUGUGCCUGUGACUUGAACUCUGUGAAGCAUUUAUUUGGGCUUCAAUUUCUGAGGCUGGUAACUAAUUAACUUAUCCUCUGCAGCAGAGGUAACUCUGGGUCUUCCAUUCCUGUGGCGGUCCUCGUGAGAGCCAGUUCAAAUCAAAUCAAUUCAUUUUAUUUGCCACAUGCGCCGAAUACAACAGGUGUAGACAUUACCGUGAAAUGCUUACUUACAGCCCUUAACCAACAAUGCAUUUAUUUCUUAAUAAAAAAGUAAAAUAAAACAACAACAACAAAAAAGUGUUGAAAAAAAGAGCAGAAGUAAAAUAAAAUAACAGUAGGGAGGCUAUUUACAGGGGGGUACCGGUGCAGAGUCAAUGUGCGGGGGCACUGGCUAGUUGAGGUAGUUGAGGUAAUAUGUGGGUAUAGUUAAAGUGACUAUGCAUAAAUAAUUAACAGAGUAGCAGCAGUGUAAAAAGAUGGGGUGGGGGUGCAAAUAGUCUGAGUAGCCAUGAUUAGCUGUUCAGGAGUCUUAUGGCUUGGGGGUAGAAGCUGUUGAGAAGCCUUUUGGACCUAGACUUGGCGCUCCGGUACCGCUUGCUGUGCGGUAGCAGAAAGAACAGUCUAUGACUAGGGUGGCUGGAGUCUUUGACAAUUUUGAGGGCCUUCCUCUGACACCGCCUGGUAUAGAGGUCCUGGAUGGCAGGAAGCUUGGCCCCAGUGAUGUACUGGGUCGUACGCACUACCCUCUGUAGUGCCUUGCGGUCGGAGACCGAGCAGUUGCCAUACCAGGCGGUGAUGCAACCAGUCAGGAUGCUCUCGAUGGUGCAGCUGUAUAACUUUUUGAGGAUCUGAGGACCCAUGCCAAAUCUUUUCAGUCUCCUGAGGGGGAAUAGGCUUUGUCGUGCCCUCUUCACGACUGUCUUGGUCAUGAUAGUUUGUUGGUGAUGUGGACACCAAGGAACUUGAAGCUCUCAACCUGAUUCACUGCAGCCCCGUCGAUGAGAAUGGGGGCGUGCUCAGUCCUCUUUUUUUUCCUGUAGUCCACAAUCAUCUCCUUUGUCUUGGUCACGUUGAGUGAGAGGUUGUUAUCCUGGCACCACACGGCUAGGUCUCUGACCUCCUCCCUAUAGGCUGUCUCAUCGUUGUCGGUGAUCAGGCCUACCACUGUUGUGUCGUCAGCAAAGUUAAUGAUGGUGUUGGAGUCGUGCCUGGCCAUGCAGUCAUGGGUGAACAGGGAGUACAGGAGGGGACUGAGAACGCACCCCUGAGGUGCCCCCGUGUUGAGGAUCAGCCUGGCAGAUGUGUUGUUACCUACCCUUACCCUACCCUACGCUUACCACCUAUUAUUUCAUAAUAGCGCUUGAUGGUUUUUGCAACUGCACUUGAAGAAACUUUCAAAGUUCUUGAAAUUUUCCGGAUUGACUGACCAUGUCUUAAAGUAAUGAUGACUGUCGUUUCUCUUUGCUUAUUUGAGCUGUUCUUGCCAUAGUAUGGACUUGGUCUUUUACCAAAUAGGGCUAUUCUCUGUCACAACACAACUCAUUGGCUCAAACGCAUAAAGAAGGAAAGAAAUUCCACAAAUUAACUUUUAAGAAGGCACACCUGUUAAUUCAAAUGCAUUCCAGGUGACUACCUCAUGAAGCUGGUUGAGAGAAUGCCAAGAGUGUGCAAAGCUAUCAUCAAUGUAAAGGGUGGCUACUUUGAAGAAUCUCAAAUAUAAAUUAUAUUUUGAUUUUGAUUUGUUUAACACUUUUUGGGUUACUACAUGAUUCCAUAUAUGUUAUUUCAUAGUUUUGAUGUCUUCACUAUUAUUCUACAGUGUAAAAUUUUUUAAAAAUAAAGAAAAACCCUUGAAUGAGUAGGUGUGUCCAAACUUUUGACUGGUAGUGUAUAUGCCACAGUACCACACAUAAAAUUGUCUCUGGAAAAGUAAAGUUAAUCUAAGUCAGCUGUUAUGAUUAAAGGUCCAAUGCAGCUGUUUUUAUCUCAAUAUCAAAUCAUUUCUGGUUAACAAUUAAGUACCGCACUGUGAUUGUUUAAUUUAGCUUGGACUGUCAAGGAGUGGUUUGAGUGGAGAGAGGAAAACUGAAAAUUUCAAACAGCUCUUACACUAAAAGGGCAUUAUCAUUAUUUUCACAAUUUCACAGUAUUAUUCCAACCUCGUAGUGUUGAAAUGUAUAUAAAACACAGGAAAAUCACGUUUUUGACUGCGCUGGGCCUUUAGCCUUCCUGUAUGUCUGAAUAUCCUCUCCCCCACCCCCCUCAAACAGGCACACCCACAGAGGACAGCUGGCCUGGGAUCUCCUCCAUGGACGAGUUCAAGUCCUACAAGUUCCCCAAGUACAAGACACAGCCCCUUAUCAACCAUGCACCCAGGUAUGUAGGGCUGCCUGUGGUUGGAGCUGAGGGGUUUCAUAUGAAUAAAUAUUGUCCUAACAUCCACUGAAGUUCUCAAAUUGUCGUCAAUGCAUGAAUAAGUGAACAUUUGACUUGAAUGUAAGUUAGGAUUUCGCCCCUUAUCAGACAGACGCCUUUUCCAAAGCGAUUUCCACAGAUUCCCACAACAAGUAGCUACACCACAUAUCCCUUGUCAGCUCUUUUCCCAAAGUGAAUGGCUUAUGUGUAAAAUCCAGGUGUUUCUUUUUUAGUGAAGUACCUUGGUAUUACUGGCCAUUCUGCUUUGAAAAAUGUUUUCUGAGAGUGUGUGUGUGCUGUGCUUUUGUGCUGUGCUGCUUUCUGUGUGUGUGUUUGUGUGCGUGUGUGUGCUUCACUUCCUGUGGAGGACAUCCUGUGGAAUAGUCGACUCCUAGAGUUUGCUACACCACCAUGAGUCACUCCCACUGAUCUAACUCCCCUCCCUCUGUUCUCUAUGUCCCCCCUGUCUCUCUCUGUAUCUCUUUCCCUCCCAAUCUCUCUCUCCUAUCCCUCGCUCUACCUCUGUAUUUCUCUCUCUCUCUCUCCUCUCCCUCUGUUCUCUCCCUUGUCUCUUCCCCCUCUGUAUUUCUCUCUCUCUCUGUUUCUCUCUCUCCUCUCCCUCUGUUCUCUCCCUUGUCUCUUCCCCCUCUGUAUUUCUCUCUCUCUCUCUGUUUCUCUCUCUCCUCUCCCUCUGUUAUCUCCCUUGUCUCUUCCCCCUCUGUAUUUCUCUCUCUCUCUGUUUCUCUCUCUCCUCUCCCUCUGUUCUCUCCCUUGUCUCUUCCCCCUCUGUAUUUCUCUCUCUCUCUGUUUCUCUCUCUCCUCUCCCUCUGUUCUCUCCCUUGUCUCUUCCCCCUCUGUAUUUCUCUCUCUCUCUGUUUCUCUCUCUCCUCUCCCUCUGUUCUCUCCCUUGUCUCUUCCCCCUCUGUAUUUCUCUCUCUAUCUCUCUGUUUCUCUCUCUCCUCUCCCUCUGUUCUCUCCCUUGUCCCUUCCCCCUCUGUAUUUUUCUCUCUCUCUCUCUCUCUCUCUCUCUCUCUGUUUCUCUCGCUCUCUGUGGUUCUCCGUUCUCAGGUUAGACACUGACGGCAUUGACCUGCUUCUGUCAUUUCUAAAAGUGAGUUCCACUAUAUUUGAAUAGGGACGGAUAAAAACACAUGAACUCAUUGAAUAAACAAUCAUCCGAAGCGUUGCUCCACUGUUCCAACACCCGUAUCUGAAAACCAGUCACAUGUUGUUGUUACAUUGGGACAAUGUACUUGGACAAAACUGGGAGAAUUGUAAGGGAACACUCAGUGAACACAUGGCCUAUAAUAACUUCACCAGAAGGUAGACGUGUACAGUACAUUAUUUAAUAUUUAAUAUGACUUACUAUUUAGCUUCCUGUAGGCAGGAGUUGAUAUGCAGAGUGGUGAUGUUUGUAUGUCAUGAGUUCUCCAAUAGAGGGACACACCCACACACACACACACUGUAAUGUUUCUCUGUUGUUGCUUUUCCAGUACGAGUCCAAGAAGCGGAUGUCUGCAGAUGAGUCGAUGAGAGAGCCCUACUUCAGCAGCCUGGGAACGCGCGCACACACACUGCCAGAGAGUGAGUGAUACACACAUGCACACACACUGCCAGAGAGUGAGUGAUACACACACACACACACACUGCCAGAGAGUGAGUGAUACACACACACACACUGCCAGAGAGCAGGGCUGGAGACUUGGCAGGCUCUGCUUACUGUUCUAGUGAUAUCAGUCUGCAGUUUACACACUCAAGUAGUCAGCUGCAACUGUGUAACAAAGCUCUGAGUGUUCUAAAUAUGGAAAUUGAAUUGUUCUGGCUAUGGUAAUGCUUAUCUUCGUUCCUUUUCUUUCUUUUGUGUUUGUGUGACAGGCAUAUCCAUAUUUACACUGAAGGAGGUCCAACUGCAAAGAGAUCCUGGCUAUAGGAACUCUAACUAUCCUGAGUCAGGUGAGUGGAGUCCCCCAGGGAUCAAUUUUAAUACUGUUUCCAUUUUUCAAAAAUGAAAAACAAUUUAAAAACAUUCAAUAUACAUUAAUACCCUGAAAAAGGUGUUUAUUUAUUAUCACCUCCAAAUCGUCUUCAUUUACCUAGUGGUUUAAGAUAAAACCACAAUAACACAAUAGUCCCUUCAAAUUAUGAAUUUGUGCUUUUGUUUUGGUUUUAUCCCUCAGGUAAUGGCAAGAACAGAAGGCAGAGCAUGCUCUUCUAGGUUCCUGUUCAACAGCUACCUGUACAGUCAUACAGACGGAGACAGUUCAGUCCCAGAGAUGGAUAUCUACAAGGGCCAGGGGGGUAGGAUACCCCCCCCCC